CGAGCCGUGUCAGGCCCGUGACGUCAGAGGAGUGCAGAGAUCUAGUCGUCGCGGCUGCUGCUUCUCUUUCUGUUAUUGCAGGCAAAGGCUGGGAAGAGGAGGAGGAGGACGAGGAAGAGGAGGGGUGGCUUCUCCGGCUGCAUCGAGCGGUUCCUCUGCCUGGGCUGCUGCCCCCCUGGAAGCGAGGACGCCGCCGCCGGGCACUGCCCCCUUGCUUUCCUUCCUUCCUCCUUCCCUCCCUCCGCCGAAGAGUUUCCUUUGUAUUGCUGGAGGGCUUUGCCAUGCACAAGGAUCCGGCAGCAGCAGCAACGGCCAGCGCCAGCGGCAGGAGGAACUUUCUCAGCCGGAGCCGAAUGGCUGCGAAGGGGGCGAUUUAAGAGCGAAGUCCGCUUUCCCCUUCUGCCCGACGAGGCGGCUGCAGCAGCAGCGAGGCAGCCAGCCAGCCAGCGCGGGCGGGGUGGGGGAUCACCCGGCCCCCCUGAGACGGGGCGCUCAGCCCGGAUGCCGGCGCCCCUGCUGCCCCCGGCGGGAGAAGUGCGAGGGUCUCCUCCCUCCGCUGGGGCGCCGCCAGCCGGCGCGUAAAGCUCCUCUGCAGAAGCCCAUCCGAGGCGAGCACUUGGGCGAACUUCCCUCGGACUCUCCCCUCUCCCGCCCUCGGAGUGCACGGCCCGCUGGCCUCCGUGAUUAUUUCCGUGCAAUUCGAAGGUGGGGUGCUGCUUCGUCGUCUAUUUAAAUAUACACGCGCGCGCGCGCACAGAGAAACUAUUUUGGGCCAGGAUCAUGGCGAUGAAAGGGACUGCCGCCAACACCGGGAUCUUGCUCGUGACGGCCAACGUGGGAUCCUUGUUCGACGAUCCAGAAAAUUUACAGAAGAAUUGGCUUCGGGAAUUUUAUCAGGUUGUACAUACACACAAACCGCACUUCAUGGCGUUGCACUGUCAAGAGUUUGGUGGGAAAAACUAUGAAGCAUCCAUGUCUCAUGUGGACAAGUUUGUUAAAGAGCUGUUAUCGAGCGAUGCAAUGAAAGACUACAACAGAGCCCGGGUUUACCUAGAUGAGAACUUCAAGUCGCAGGAACAGUUUACGGCACUGGGAAGCUUUUACUUUCUACAUGAAUCCUUGAAAAACAUUUAUCAAUUUGACUUUAAAGCUAAGAAGUACAAAAAAGUUACGGGGAAGGAAAUCUACUCAGAUACAUUAGAAAGUACACCUAUGCUGGAAAAAGAAAAGUUCCCACAGGACUAUUUCCCUGAGUGUAAGUGGUCCAGAAAAGGCUUCAUACGAACUAGAUGGUGUAUUACUGACUGUGCCUUUGACUUGGUAAACAUCCAUCUUUUCCACGAUGCUUCCAAUUUAGUUGCUUGGGAAACAAGCCCGUCGGUUUACUCAGGAAUAAGGCAUAAGGCCCUCAGUUAUGUACUUGACAGAAUUAUAGAUCAGCGGUUUGAGAGAGUUUCAUAUUUUGUCUUUGGAGAUUUCAACUUUCGACUGGAUGCAAAGUCAGUGGUAGAGACACUUUGUGCAAAGGCUACAAUGCAGACUGUCCGGGCUGCCGACACUAAUGAAGUAGUCAAGCUUAUAUUCCGUGAAUCCGAUAAUGACCGAAAGGUAGUAUCCAAUGGUGUCCCUCACCCUGAAGGAAGGCUUUUUGAUCCAGUGGAGGCUUCUGUUAUGCUACAAUUAGAAAAGAAACUCUUUGACUAUUUUAAUCAAGAUGUUUUUAGAGAUAACAAUGGCACUGCGCUUUUGGAAUUUGACAAAGAGCUGUCAGUCUUUAAAGACAAAUUAUAUGAACUGGACAUUUCGUUUCCUCCCAGCUAUCCGUACAGUGAAGAUUGUAGCCAGGGAAUGCAGUAUAUGAACACUAGAUGCCCAGCUUGGUGUGACAGGAUCCUAAUGUCACAUUCUGCCAAAGAGCUGAUUCUAAAGUCAGAAAACGAUGAGAAGCAAGUGGUGUACGACCAUAUUGGACCAAAUGUCUGCAUGGGGGACCACAAGCCCGUGUUCCUGUCCUUCCGAAUAGCCGCGGGGGCAGGGAAAAGAUGCCUCCGAAACGAGAAGAUCUUUCGAGAAAGCUCCUUGUAAUGAGGAGGAAGAGGAAGGACUUGAGAUGCAUCCCAUCGCUUAUACCGUGACAGCUCUAUUCAUCCUCCGGAGUCCAGCGUGCCACGUUAUUGUUUUUAUUGUUAUUGUUAUUUUAUUUUAGGCUGUUGAUCAUACACUAUUUUCUUUGGAGUCUGGGCUUUAGAGCCCCAAGUAAAAAAGAGAGAGAGAAACCUCUCAUACCUCACCCUCUCGUAAAUAUUCCUGUGACAUCAAUUGUGGAUUUUGUUUUUUUUUUUUUAUUUUUAUAUGGAGAUGCAUAUAUUAUGCCACAAUCUGGUUGCCAAAACAAAAACAAAAACCUAGUUUGCCGCGAUGUACUGUGUUUUAGACUUCACUCUGCUUCCUUCUUUUUUUAAAAAGUCUGUCAAUGUGAAAUUAUAUAUAAUAUAUAUAAUAGUCAACAUUUAAAAACAAACAAUUUUCAUCACCCUUCUCUAGCUUAAAGCAAGGUUGGGAUUUUGUACAUUUGCCUUGUAUAGAAGUCCUGGUGUGUUAUUAUUGUAUGUUAACCAAGAUUUAUGGUCCCUGUGAUUUUUUGAAGUGGGGGGGGAGGGUUGCAGGGUGGGGUUUUUUGUUCUGUCCUGGUCAUUUUUAUAGACUUUUUUUGUUUUGUUUUCUCAUGUUAUUUACUAUACUGCCAUGUUCCAUGGUUUUUUGAAUCACACAACAGCAGCUGCUUUCUAUAAGUGUAUAUAUUUAUAUAUUUGUAUGUGAGUGUGUAUAGAGAUAUAUAUACACAGAUAUAGAAAUAAUAAUUUAUAAUUACAAACCGUUUGUCUUUCCUGCUACAAAAUAGCCUUUCCUCCUCCUCCUCCUCCUCCUCCUCCUCCUCCUCCUCCUCCUCCCCUCACCAGCCCAGACUAGUCAAGGGGCAGUAAAUCCCCCUGGGUUUUCCCCAAGUAGGUUUUAACUUCCAAAAACAAUGGUGUGUUGUUAGGAUCCACACGGAGGGAAAAAAUGCAUCUCUCCCCGCUGAUACCCAAUCCUGAAACAAAUUUACUUUGAACUGAAAGCAGACUUGACACCCCAAUCCUAAGUGUGUUUACUUGGAAGUAAGUGUGAGUAGGCCUUACAGCAGCCCUACGCCUACUUACUCAGAGUUGCAGACCAUGGGAUUUGGGGUGGAGCCUGGAGGCGUCCUUUGGGACACCUGCACCCCCCAUGGAGCCCAAUGCUAAGCAGAGAGACAAGCUUCCCCCAGUUGCCAGCCCAACCAAAGGGCUUCUUUCACCAGUGUGUGUGUGUGUAUAUAUACAGUACUUAUAUAUAAAGAGAGCCAGAAACCUCACUCAUCAUCUGCCAACUGUAGUCACAUAUUUAUGCAGCAAAUUCUGGUGCCAAGUAUUCUAGCUGAAGAUAGGAAGAAGGUUCCAAAAAAGGCAGUUCAGCCCCGAGGCAGGUAGCAAUUUUUGAGUAUGGCUAAGGGAGGGGGGGAAUUGGGGGGGAGGAGAGAGAUGGGGGGGCAAAGAGUCUGUAAAUCUUCACUCUGAUUGGAGCUCUUCCCAGCACCCCCACCCCAAUUUCUCUCAGCUCACACCUCUCCCCAUAAAGCAUUAAAAGGCGAUUAGCGAGCCUGUUGAUGAAACACAAGCGGAGGGCUUUAUUGAUUUAAUUUAGAACACUACCGAGUUCAGGGACCGGGCAAUGGCGGGAGCUGCGGGAGCCUGCCUUGGGGACGGGGGUGUGUAAAUCAAUCCCACGCGUAGCAAGGGAGGAGGAGGAACCCUCCCCGAUAAAAUCAGAGAAACUUCCCCAUCGCUGGGUACUGUCACUGAUGCGCACACGCUAUCCCCCUCACCCCCCAAAUCUGGUAUCCGUACAGACCCGUGUAAGGCUGGAGGAGAGAAACUACGCGGGGGUUGGGAGAAAGUUUGUAAUGUUUGCCUGUUCACUUUGAAAUGAGCAUUCUGGUUCUCAAGCAAUAAAACUGAUCAUGGUGAAGACG